AUGGAACUUGGGCACUUCGGUUUUGCGCGAUAUCUGGCACCGGCUUGCCGCUUCCUUCUCUCGUCUCUCGCUCUUGCACCGUGCUUUGUCCAAGCCUCCUCCGCCACAAAUGAAACCGACAAACUCGCGCUGCUCGCAUUUAAGGCCGCAGUCAAAGACCCUUACGGGGCGCUUGCCUCGUGGAAUGACACCAUCGGGUUUUGCCAUUGGCACGGUGUCACAUGCGGCCCGAGACACCCGAGGGUCACGAUCCUGAACUUGACAUCGCUAGGACUCUUGGGGCCCAUCUCUCCUCACAUCGGAAACCUAAGCUUCUUGAGUGAAAUUCAUCUCCAGAAUAAUAGGCUCGUUCGUGAAAUCCCUCCGCAAGUGGGGCGGUUGCGCCGCCCGACAAGUUUACAUACUAUCACUGUCUCGGGAAACAGAUUCUCCGGUACAAUUCCGCCUUCAUUGCUCAAUCUCUCCUCUCUGACCCGGUUCGGCGUUUUAGACAACCGGAUACAAGGGAGUCUUCCUGCAGGCUUAGGUUUGACGCUCCCAAAUCUUCAAAUUUUCAGCAUUGCCAAGAACCAACUUGAGGGACCGAUUCCUCCCUCGGUGUCCAAUUGGACAAAGCUAGAGGUUAUUCAAUCCGGAGCGAACAAGCUUUCGGGGAAAGUGCCUUCUUUCAAAAAUAUGCCUUGGCUUUGGUAUUUUGCCAUCUUUGAUAACCAGCUGGGAAGUGGGAAUGCUGAAGACUUGAGCUUCGUAUGCUCAUUGACAAACUCCACCGGAUUACGGUUCUUCGGAAUUGAUCGAACAGGACUCGGCGGGGCAUUGCCCAAAUGCAUAGGUAAUUUCUCGCACGCUCUCAAGUGGUUCUAUGUGAAUGAGAACCUUAUGUUUGGUGAGAUUCCUGGAGAGAUUGGAAGUCUAGUCAACCUAGACCAUUUAAAUAUGUAUGCCAACAAGUUUUCGGGCGAGGUCCCCUCAAAUUUCGGGAAUCUACAAAAUUUAGGGGCAUUGCUGUUAACGGAUAACAACCUGGGAGGGACGAUCCCAACUUCUUUAGGAAAUCUAACCAAGUUGAUCACACUAGGUCUCGGUUGGAACAACUUUCAUGGGGAAAUUCCUUCACAUCUAUCAAAGUGUCAAUCUCUGCAGUGGCUUGAUCUUUCUAAUAAUAAUCUCAGCGGUACCAUACCCCCACAGCUUAUAGGUCUUUCCUCGAUAACAAUCGUUACGGACUUGUCUUGGAACCAUCCGAGUGGGGUUCUACCCAUGGAAGUAGGGAACUUAAAGACUCUGACCGAGUUAGACAUCUCCGACAACAUGUUGGUAGGUGAAAUCCCAAAUAGUUUAGGGGAUUGUACUGGAUUGACCACGCUGAGGAUGGGGGGAAAUUUUUUCCGUGGGUCCAUUCUGCAAUCGAUCAAAUCGUUAGGAGGUAUUGAAGAACUAGAUCUUUCACGCAACAAUUUGACAAGUCGGAUUCCGGAAUUUUUAGCAUUAUUUCGGUCCCCGAAACUUUUGAAUUUGUCUUACAAUAGCUUUGAAGGCAUGCUACCGCUUGAAGGAGUUUUUAAGAAUGCUACCGCGACUUCUAUUAUUGGGAACGAUGAGCUUUGUGGGGGAUUGCCAGCAUUUCACCUCCCCAAGUGCAUCUCCAAACGCUCCAAGAGAAGAAAAAUCCAUGUAUUGGUAUCGUCGGCUUGUGCUACUUUUGUCAUUAUUGGAAUAGCUCUUGUUGUGGUUUUUCUAUAUCUUCGUUGGUUGAAGAAGAAAGUAAAAGAACCGAUUUCAACUUCCAUGGACGACUCAUGUCCAAACAUAUCUUAUCGAGCACUCUUAAAAGCAACCGAUGAUUUUUCUUCAAUGAAUUUGAUCGGUGUUGGAAACUUUGGCUCUGUUUACAAGGGGAUGCUUAAGGAGAAUGGUACAACCGUUGUAGUGAAGGUGCUUCAUUUAGUGCAUCGUGGUGCUCUGAAGAGCUUCCUGGCGGAGUGCGAGGCAUUAAGGAACGUGAGACAUCGAAAUCUUCUAAAGAUAUUGACGGUUUGCUCGGGUAUUGAUCAUCAGCAAAAUGAUUUUAAGGCCUUAGUUUAUGAGUACAUGGAAAAUGGAAGCCUCGAAAGGUGGUUACACCCAAACCCAACACCAUCUCACGGGAAUGAGCCUACCCGGACAUUGAAUUUCUUUCAAAGGAUAAACAUUGCUAUUGAUGUCGCCUCUGCACUGGAUUAUCUUCAUCACCAGUGCCACAUCCCCAUCGUACAUUGUGAUCUAAAGCCGAGCAAUAUCCUCUUAGAUGCUGAGAUGGUCGCCCAUGUUGGUGACUUUGGAUUGGCAAAGUUCCUCCUUGGAUCAUCCUCGAAUACCGUGGCUAAUCGGACGAGCUCGGUGGGCAUCGGAGGAACAAUUGGUUUUGCUCCACCGGAAUAUACGAUGGGAUGCAAGGUGUCAAGAGAAGGUGACGUCUACGAUUACGGCAUCUUCUUAUUGGAGAUGUUCACGGGGUUGAGUCCCACCGAUGACACCUUCAAAGACAAUUUGACUCUUCAUAGCUUUGUGGCAGAAGCUUUGCUCGAACGAGUGCUGGAAAUUACGAAUCGCAUUCUGCUCCAAGAAAGAGAGAAUCAUUCAAGCCCCAACGGUCCUCAACAUUGGCUCUCCGAAAGCGACGGCAUAUUUCAAGAGUGCUUGGUUACGGAAUUGACAAAUGAUGUGGACGAUUUUAAGGCCCUAGUCUACGAAUUUAUGGUCAAUGGAAACCUGGAGGAUUGGCUACAACUAACUCCUGGAGAGAACGAGGGUCCUUCAAAUGAAGCUGUGUCUUCAGCAUCAUAUUGGCCAGUAAUUGAAAUCUUGGGUUGUGAAGUGGCGCUGCACAACUGA